UCUCCCUCUAAAACUCAAACACACCAAACAUCUCUCAACCAACGAGACUUGGUCUUUCAAUUCACUCUUGCCCUCCUCUUGUCCAAAUCAAAUCAUCACUGACAUUUUCCAUCUUCUCCAAAGUUUGCAUCUGCAACUUCCCAUUAAACCCAGAAUUGGAUCUUCCUCUACCUAACCUUUUAGGACCACAUAUAUCCAUUAUUUUUGUGUGUGGUAGAUUUGAAUUUCCUAUUUAUUCUACAAUUCUAACCCUGUUUCUUGUCAUUUCCUAUGUGGGAUGUGGAGAUUUUUUUAAAUGCCUAGAGUCUUUGUUAAGUUUGAAGUUUUUUGGAAUCUAGACUAGUCCAUGUUUUUACAUCAAAAGUGACAUGUUUUGUUGGUUUCUGCUAAAUCUGAUAUAUGUGGUCCGAGUGUGAUUUUCUGGCUUUCUUGAGAUUAAAGUCUUAACAAGGAGAAUGGGAGUUGAGCUUUGUUCAGAUAACUCUAGCAUGGGUGUGAGCCCAAGGAUUUCAUUCUCUUAUGAUCUUUGCCAAUCUGAUGUUGGGGCUGUGGAACAACAACAGCACCACCAUCCUCCUCUCAGAUCCAAUUCAUUAUCAUCCUCAUCAAGAAGCAUGAAUUCAAGCAUGGAGUUUGAUUUCUGCGUCGUCCACGAGAGCUUCGAGCAGGAGUCCUCCUCCGCAGAUGAGCUUUUCUCUGAUGGGAAAAUGAUUCCAAGUGAGAUCAAGAAAAAGUCUGCUCACCCAAAACAGCUGGAUCAAAAUAUUGUGCCUCAUCAACAUCCUCCACUGCCAACAGCAGCAGCAGCUGAUCCAAGUGACGAAAACACAAGUAGGGCGAAAGAGAGAGGUAAAGAAAGCAAGAACAUGAGCUGCAAUGAAGCUGAUGAGAAGCAGAGUUCCAAGUCUUUUUGGGGGUUCAAGAGAAGCAGCAGUUGUGGUAGUGGUUAUGGCAGAAGCUUAUGUCCUUUGCCACUUUUAUCAAGAAGCAAUUCAACUGGUUCUUCAUCAUCAUCAAGUGUAAAGAGAUCAGUAUUUUCCAAAGAGGGUCAAAAUCAGAAGCAGACUUCACAGCAGAAAUCUGCAUCCAAGAAACUCCACUCAUCAUCACAAUCUUCUUCAACUUCAAUGAAUUAUCAAAAGCCUCCAUUGAAGAAGGGCCAAUAUGGAUCAUAUGGCAAUGCUGCUCCAUUUAAUCCUGUGUUAAAUGUUCCUACAGCUAACCUAUUUGGUUUUGGAUUAAUCUUUUCAAAUGGAAAAGAUAAGACCAACAAGAAGAAGUGAUGAUAUGUGUAUUGGCAUUCAAUGAUCAGUUCAUCUUAUAUGGGAAAAUAAAGUUUUUUUUAUUUUAUUUUCUACAUUUAACUUGUUGAACUUUAAGUGAUUGUAAAUUAAGAGUAAAGGGCUUUGAAGAAAGAAGACAAGGAGAUAAAAAGAUGCAUCAAUUCAAGGGAGGACAAAGGCAUACGUAUGAUUCUAGCCACAUGCUUUGGAAGGGCUAAAAGACAAGGUAACCAUAGUUUUUCUUGGUGUCAUCCCACAUGGUGUUUUCCCUUUUUCUGCAUUAUUUGGUCUUUGUUCACACAUUUGGUUAUAUGCUGUGGUCUGGUUUUUGUAUUUUCUUUUGUAUUUUCCUGCUUGCUCUGUUAUAGCAAGAGAGAGGUCUGAUCUUUUGACUUUGAAGAGCUUUUGGCAUGUUCUUUGAACUUGGUUUGGAAUUUU